UUUUUUCGGGGGUUUCGCUGUUGCUCAGUUCAGAAACACACACUCCUUCGUUAACAUUGUCGUCGCUUCCUCAUAAGCAACAAAAAAAGCAUCUGAGCAAAACAUUCAAUGGCGACGCAGACGCUGAGCAGUGUGGACCACGCGUUGGCGCUCAUCCGCGUGCAGUACAUGGCCGGAGUCCCCGCGCGACUCUUCCACUGGCCGGUCGCGCCAGUCAAUCCACGCACAGACACCACGACGACAACAACCGCCACAUCGGACGCAGAUGGGUUUGUGCAGGCGCAGAUCAUGGCCACGGUUGGCUGGUCGACGCAGGUCGGGACGAGCCAGCGCUUGCCGGCGUGGAUGCUCGAGGUUGCGGUUCAGCGCCGCAUGGUGGCAGAGAUCUUCCAGCACCCGCGCUGCCUGAGCCUGCCGCCGAGCCAGGCACACGCAAAGAGCAUUGCCAAGUACUACUAUGCCCAGGUGGAGGCGGCGCGCGGCGACACAUGCGACGAGCUCGUCUCGCUUUGCGUCGAAUUGCUCAAUCUCAACACGUCCGACGCAGAGGCUGCUGCUGCGGGUGGUGGAAGCGAUGAUUGGUGCCAUCGCACCUAUGAUUUGGGAUUCCCGCAAGCCAUCUCCACAGAUCCGGCUGCGCUCAUCUCGAUGAAGGAAUCGCGCAACAUUAUCUCGAAAGGUACAACAGGGCUGGCAGGCUGGCCGGCUGCACACUAUCUUGCCGAGUGGCUCCUUCAGCAUCCGUCUGCAGUGUCGGGAAAGAAGGUGAUGGAGCUCGGAAGUGGAACAGGACUUGUGGGAAUCGUUGCAGGAACGCUGCGUCCCAAAAUCCUGAUUGCCUCGGAUUACGACACGCACGUGCUGUCCUGUUUGCGCCACAAUCUAGACUUGAAUGGUGUUUUGGCAAAAGGCGCAGAGCUACCUGCACGUGCAAAUGCCACCCCAGCACUUGUCGAGGACUUGGACUGGUUCCGUGUGACUGAGCGUUCCUUGCAGGCGUUUGGUGCCGAGCUCGUACUUGCUGCCGAUGUCGUGUAUGAUCCGGAUCUGCUCGAUCCCCUGUGCAAAGUGCUCAGCGGUCUGCUAAAGGUGCCGAGCUACCGACGGAUAGUGCCCAAGGCGGCCCCAACUGCAGCGAGUGGAACGACCGCGUUGGCAGGCGACGGCAGUGUGCAGGCGCCAUUGCCUCCAGUGCUGACUGCUGGUCGCCCAGUGGCACUCGUUGCGUCGACCAUCCGCAAUCCUGACAUCAUCGAGCAGUUCAAGACCACGCUGAAGACACAUGCUCUCGAGUUUACUACCUUGGCGGAACUGCCACCGUUGCGGCUAUUCUAUGAUCGAUCGUUGCCGGUGCUGUUGUUGGCAAUCACCGCCUCGUCUGCUGCGCCUGCUGCUGCUGCUGCUGCUGCUGCUGCUCCGACUGUUGCAGCUACAUCAACAUAAACCAAGCCGAAUUCAGUGCUCUAUGCUAUUUCCCAUCAAUGUUCUCGAUGUGUGCUCCCUUGGAUUGAUGUUGAACGAUUGAAAG